UUAGUUCUAGUUGUCUAUGCUCUCACUCUCGUGGGCAACACAAUCAUCUUAAUGCUCAUAUGGUUGGAUGCCCAACUCCACACCCCCAUGUAUUUCUUCCUGAGCCAUCUGGCCUGUGUGGACCUCUGCUAUACUUCCAGCACCGUUCCCCAGAUGCUGACCAACCUUCAAAGCCCAGGACAAGCCAUCUCAGUGGUUGGAUGUGCCAUGCAGAUGUACAUCUUUCUGGCCUUGGCCACAGCAGAGUGUUUUCUCCUGGCAGUGAUGGCCUAUGAUAGAUAUGUGGCAAUAUGCCAUCCACUGCACUACACAGUCCUCAUGAACAAAAGAAUGUGCAUCUUUAUGGCCAUGACAUGCUGGACUAGUGGCCUUGUCCUCCCAGUGGCCCAUAUAGUUCUCACUUGGCAGUUGCCAUUCUGUGGCUCUAACCUGAUAGAUCACUAUUUUUGUGAAAUGCCAGCUUUGCUGAAGCUGGCAUGUGCUGAUACCAGAGUUAUUGAAAAGAUUACCUCUGUGGGGUGCAUUUUUACCUUGCUUAUUCCUAUCACUUUUAUCACAAUGACUUAUAUCCGCAUUCUAGCAGCCAUCUUGAAAAUCCAAUCCACACAAGGGCAGCACAAAGCUGUCUCCACAUGUGGUUCCCAUAUGAUAGUUGUAGCAUUUUUCUAUGGCAGUGCCAUAAUUAUGUACAUGAGACCUGAAUCCAGUCACUCUCCAGGCCAGGACAAAAUGAUUUCUCUGUUUUAUAGCAUUGUCAUUCCUUUGUGCAAUCCCAUUAUUUACAGUUUGAAGAAUAAGGAUAUGAAAACAGCUUUGGCUAAAAUCCUGCAGUUCUGA